AAUUAGACUUUCCAAUCGAAGGCCGAGAUCAUCGCUCGAGCCAGGCGGUUGUGUCGAUCUCUGCUUUAAUUGGCAACAGGGGCUGUACCAUGGCGGAGAAGGCUCAAAAGAGUGUGAAGAUUGCUCCUGGAGCAGUGGUGUGUGUAGAAAGUGAAAUCAGAGGUGAUGUAACUAUAGGACCUAGGACAGUGAUCCACCCUAAAGCACGGAUUAUUGCGGAGGCUGGACCGAUAGUGAUUGGUGAAGGUAACCUAAUAGAAGAACAGGCCCUUAUCAUAAAUGCUUACCCUGAUAAUAUCACCCCUGAUGCUGAAGAUGUAGAACCCAAACCUAUGAUCAUCGGCACCAAUAAUGUGUUUGAAGUUGGCUGUUAUUCUCAAGCCAUGAAAAUGGGAGAUAAUAAUGUUAUUGAAUCAAAAGCAUAUGUAGGCAGGAAUGUUAUACUGACAAGUGGCUGCAUCAUUGGUGCUUGUUGCAGCCUGAACACUUUUGAAGUCAUCCCUGAGAAUACAGUCAUCUACGGCGCAGACUGCCUUCGUCGGGUGCAGACUGAGCGACCCCAGCCCCAGACACUGCAGCUGGAUUUCCUGAUGAAAAUCUUGCCAAAUUACCACCACUUAAAGAAGACUACGAAAGCAAGCUCAACUCCAGUUAAAAACUAA